AUGGACGGAACAGCUCCCAUCGAGUCACAGUGGCUCACCCAACUGACCGCCAUGCGCGAGGCGAUUGCCGCAUUGAAGCUUCCCAAAGACCCCACCAAAAACCAGCUCAGCUACGGAAGCGACUUGGACCUCGAUCUCGACGAUGACUAUUCUUCUCCGGGCACUGUAGACGAUAUCUGGGAUAUCAUCAGCUCCGACGACGAAAGCAGCGAAGACUUCGACGACGUCCACGGCGUGCCUCUCCCUCCCUCAACGUCGCCUUACGAUCAAACAUGGCUGGAGGAGAAAUGCCAGGUCAUCACGCUACAGAAGCCCGGCAUGGACGCACACGAGCUCGCGCAGCAGAUCACGGCCUCCCUAGCGACGGACAGCGGCGACGAUGAGCUGCAGAUGUCGCUGGCUGAGAUCGUGGGCUUCGACGAUCUCGACUUCGUCAUCGAGCUGAUCGGACACCGUGCGGAGAUUCUCGCGUCCAUGGCCUCGAAGACGGAGGCACAGACGGAUGGGUUGAUAGCCGGUAGACUGCAGACGAGGGCGGAGCGUGAACAGGUUUUGUGGCAGCAGGACUUCGAACAUAAGCAUGCCCCGCUACUACCCGCUCAGACUAGGCAGGAACCGAAAUACCCGCAUGUCUUCAAGUCGCACGACUCGCGGAAUACCCUUGCGCUGGGAGGAAAGAGAUAUGGUCUUCCUGUUGGCAGCAAGCAGAUCGAUGAGCCAAAGUAUACCGAAUUCGAGAUCCCGGCUUCGAGGGUCGGCACGCUCGGUGCGGGACAGAAGCUGGUUGAGAUUAUGUCAUUGGAUGGCCUGUGUCAGGGGACUUUCAAGGGCUACAAGUCUUUGAAUCGAAUGCAGAGCUUGCUCUAUGAUGUAGCGUACAAAACUAGCGAAAACAUGCUCAUUUGUGCUCCAACCGGUGCCGGUAAGACGGAUGCUGCCAUGCUGACGAUUCUCAAUACAAUCGGCAAGAACACCGUCCCCAAUCCCAUCGAGCAGCCAGACGCUACAGAGUUCGCCGUCCAGGUGGAUGACUUCAAGAUCGUUUACGUGGCGCCGAUGAAGGCUCUCGCCGCAGAAGUAACAGAAAAGCUUGGGAAAAGACUUGCAUGGCUUGGGAUCCGAGUCAGGGAACUGACGGGAGACAUGCAGCUGACCAAGCGUGAGAUUGUUGAAACACAGAUCAUCGUCACCACGCCUGAGAAGUGGGAUGUCGUGACCCGGAAGAGCACCGGAGAUACGGAACUUGUACAGAAGGUGCGUUUGUUGAUCAUUGAUGAAGUCCACAUGCUUCAUGAUGAACGUGGUGCUGUCAUCGAGUCCUUGGUCGCCCGAACGCAACGCCAGGUUGAAAGCACUCAGUCCCUUAUUCGGAUUGUGGGGUUGUCCGCUACAUUGCCAAACUACAUCGACGUGGCAGAUUUCCUAAAAGUGAAUAAAAUGGCUGGUUUGUUCUUCUUCGAUGGAUCAUUCAGACCGGUCCCUCUAGAACAACAUUUCAUCGGUGUCAAAGGAAAGCCAGGCUCUAAGCAAUCCCGCGAAAACCUGGACGUCGUGGCGUUUGAAAAGGUCCGCGAAAUGCUCGAGCGUGGGCAUCAGAUCAUGGUUUUUGUGCACUCGCGCAAAGAUACGGUGCUUACGGCUCGAAUGCUACGUCAAAUGGCCGUCGAGAACGGCUGCGAGAAUCUCUUCAGCUGCCAUGAGCAUGAAAAUUACUCGAACGCCCUGCGCGAUAUGAAACAUGCCCGCGCGCGUGAGUUGAGAGACUUGUUUGCUAGCGGCUUCGGCACGCACCAUGCUGGAAUGACUCGGAGUGACCGCAACUUAAUGGAGCGCAUGUUCUCUGAAGGCCUCAUUAAGGUGCUCUGCUGUACCGCCACUCUUGCCUGGGGUGUCAAUCUUCCGGCUGCCGCCGUCGUCAUCAAGGGUACGCAGCUGUAUAACCCACAGGAGGGUAAAUUUGUCGAUCUUGGUAUUCUGGAUGUCCUGCAGAUCUUCGGUCGUGCUGGACGUCCUCAAUUCCAGGAUACCGGUAUUGGUUUCAUCUGCACCACGCACGACAAAUUGCAUCACUACCUAAACGCAGUGACCUCCCAGCAGCCGAUUGAGUCCAGGUUUUCUAGCCGGCUUGUGGACAAUUUGAAUGCUGAGAUCUCGCUUGGCACCGUUACCUCCGUCCCCGAAGCGGUGCAAUGGCUGGGCUACUCCUAUCUUUUUGUUCGCAUGUUACGUGAGCCGCGGAAUUACGGCAUUGACUUUGCUGAGAUUCGCGACGAUCCGAUGUUGGUGCAGAGACGGCGCCAGCUGAUCAUCCAGGCCGCACGAGUGCUGCAGAAGAGUCAGAUGAUCAUCUUCAACGAGAAGACCGAAGAACUGCGCGCGAAAGAUGUGGGCCGUAUUGCAAGCCAGUAUUAUGUCUUGCAGACCAGUGUCGAAAUAUUCAAUGAUAUGAUGCGCCCUCGCUCGGGUGAAGCGGACGUGCUCAAGAUGAUCAGUAUGAGCGGCGAAUUCGACAACAUCCAAGCUCGAGACAAUGAGUCGAAGGAGCUGGACCGGCUGCGCGAUGAAGCUAUUCAGACAGAAGUCGAGGGGGGUAAUGACUCGCCUCAUGCGAAGACCAACAUUCUUCUGCAGUCCUACAUUUCCCGCGCUAAGCUUGAAGAUUUCGCGCUGGUCUCUGAUAUGGGUUACGUAGCGCAAAAUGCUGCACGUAUCUGCCGAGCCCUCUUCAUGAUUGCACUGAACCGCCGCUGGGGAUACCAAUGUCAGGUGCUAUUGUCGCUCUGCAAGUCUAUCGAGAAGCAAAUCUGGCCUUUUGACCAUCCUUUCCACCAGUUCGAUCUCCCUCAGCCGAUUCUCAAGAACCUUGACGAAAAGCUGCCGUCGUCAUCACUGGAAUCCAUGAGGGACAUGGAUGUCGCGGAGAUCGGCCAGCUCGUGCACAAUCAGCGGAUGGGAAAAACUUUGGCCAAACUGCUGGACAAUUUUCCCACUCUGAGUGUGGAGGCCGAAAUCGCUCCUUUGAAUCGUGACGUACUGCGAAUCCGACUCUGCUUGUAUCCCGAAUUUUCUUGGAAUGAUAGGCAUCAUGGGGCGUCGGAGUCGUACUGGAUCUGGGUUGAGAAUUCGGAAACAUCGGAGAUCUACCACCACGAAUACUUUAUUCUCAGUCGGAAGAAGCUACAUGAUGAGCAUGAGCUUAACUUUACCAUCCCUCUCUCAGAUCCGCUGCCGAGUCAGAUCUAUGUCCGCGCAAUUUCUGACCGAUGGCUAGGAGCGGAAACAGUCACGCCUGUCUCGUUUCAACACUUGAUCCGUCCAGACACGGAGAGCGUGUACACUGACCUGCUCAAUCUCCAGCCAUUGCCUAUCUCUGCGCUGCAAAACCCAAUCCUUGAAGAACUUUACGGCCAGCGCUUCCAGUUUUUCAACCCAAUGCAGACCCAGAUCUUCCAUAUGCUGUACCACACCUCAGCCAACGUUCUGCUUGGUUCGCCCACUGGUAGUGGAAAAACGGUUGCCGCCGAGUUGGCGAUGUGGUGGGCAUUCAGGGAGAAGCCUGGAUCUAAGGUCGUGUACAUUGCGCCAAUGAAAGCACUCGUCCGUGAACGAGUCCAGGACUGGGGCAAGCGUCUCACAGGCCCCAUGGGCUUGAAACUGGUGGAGUUGACUGGUGACAAUACUCCUGAUACAAGGACGAUCCGAGACGCGGAUAUCAUCAUCACAACGCCUGAGAAAUGGGACGGUAUCUCGCGUAGCUGGCAGACUAGAGACUACGUGCGGAAAGUGAGUUUGGUCAUCAUCGACGAGAUUCAUCUUUUGGGUGGUGACCGUGGCCCAAUUCUGGAAAUCAUCGUGUCUCGUAUGAACUACAUCGCCUCACAGUCCGAAGGAUCGGUUCGACUUAUGGGUAUGUCGACCGCCUGUGCGAAUGCCACGGACUUGGCAAACUGGCUGGGAGUCAAGGAAGGACUGUACAAUUUCCGGCACUCCGUGCGUCCGGUACCUCUUGAGAUCUACAUCGAUGGCUUCCCCGAGCAACGGGGAUUCUCUCCGCUGAUGCAGUCCAUGAACCGUCCAACCUUCCUUGCGAUUAAGAGCCAUUCGCCUGAGAAGCCCGUCAUUGUCUUCGUCGCUUCCCGCAGACAGACCCGACUGACCGCGAAGGACCUGAUCAACUACUGCGGUAUGGAAGAUAACCCGCGUCGCUUCGUCCGAGUGUCGGAAGAAGACCUCGAGCUGAACCUGGCCCGAGUAAAGGAUGAAGCGUUGCGCGAGGCGCUCAGUUUCGGUAUUGGCUUGCACCAUGCCGGUCUUGUCGAGUCUGACCGACAGCUGGCGGAGGAAUUGUUCGCGAACAACAAGAUCCAGAUUCUUGUGGCAACAAGCACCCUUGCGUGGGGUGUUAAUCUUCCGGCGCAUCUUGUCGUCGUCAAGGGCACGCAGUUCUUCGAUGCGAAGAUCGAAGGUUACAGAGACAUGGAUCUGACUGACGUCCUGCAGAUGUUGGGUCGUGCUGGACGUCCGCAAUUCGACACGUCGGGUAUUGCACGUAUCUUCACUCAAGACUCGAAGAAAGCCUUCUAUAAGCAUUUCCUGCACACUGGCUUCCCCGUUGAGUCUACCCUGCACAAGGUCCUGGACAACCAUUUGGGAGCCGAGGUCUCUGCUGGUACAGUGACGACGAAGCAAGACGCUCUUGAUUACUUAACGUGGACAUUCUUCUUCCGCAGACUGCACAAGAAUCCCUCGUACUACGGGCUGGAGAUAUCCGCCGAAGAGCACAACACAAUGGCUGCCCAGGCUAUCGCCCAGGAGUUCAUGAUUGACUUGGUGGACAAUUCCCUUGGUGAGCUGGCAGAGUCGUCUUGUGUGGUGUUCGACUCGGCCACUGGUGAGGUGGACUCGACGCCCUUUGGCAAGAUCAUGAGUUAUUACUACCUCUCGCACAAGACCGUGCGGUAUCUGAUGUCGCACGCGAAACCCAACCCCACGUUCCACGAUGUGCUUAGCUGGAUGUGCUCUGCAACGGAAUUCGACGAGCUGCCCGUCAGACACAACGAAGAUUUAAUCAAUGCUGAGCUGACUCGCAACCUCCCCUUGUCGGUCGAGCCCAUGGGUGACCUCCCGCUCUGGGAUCCGCAUGUCAAGGCCUUCCUGCUCCUCCAAGCAUACAUGUCGCGCAUCGAUCUUCCCAUUUCCGAUUACGUCGGUGACCAGACCUCUGUUCUCGACCAGGGUAUUCGUAUCAUCCAAGCAUCAAUCGACAUCAUGGCCGAGCUAGGCUACCUUCGCGCCUGCGAACAGCUCAUGAGUCUGCUCCAAAGUAUCAAAUCGGCCAGAUGGCCCGAGGACAACGCCCUCUCGAUCCUCCCGGGCAUCGACCCCGCAAGCAAGCCGCAAGCCCUCCCAGGCUCCCUCGCAGCACUUUCCGCGCUACCCACAUCUUCUAUUUCCUCUCUCGCGAGAAAAUUGCAACUGCCGCUCUCCACCGCCGCGCAGUUCACCAAAGCCGCCUCUUUCCUACCCCAAAUCUCCCUAUCCAUCGCCAACGUCUCGUCAACCGGCAUCACCAUAUCCCUAACCCGCCGCAACACCCCCACAAACCCAGAUUACAGGGUCUACGCCCCGCGAUUCCCCAAGCCCCAAACAGAAGGCUUCUUCCUCCUCGUCUGCACCGCCGCCGCCAACGGCGCAGACGGCGAGCUCCUCGCCCUGAAGCGCGUCUCCUGGCCCCCAAGGGAUAAAAUGAACCGCCAUCGCAACGGCGCCGGCUCCAGCCAGCACUCCUCGUCGGGCAGGGGCCAGAAGAACGCGAAUGGACCCCUCCUCACCGUCCGCUCGUCUGUUAAGUUUCCUCGCGAUGUCUUGGCGCAGUAUACGGGCGCAGCCGGCGGUGGUGUCAAUGUUAAGCUCAUUAGUGAUACGUAUCCCGGGAUGGAGUGGGUGUUGCCGAAUGUGGAGGUGCGUUUGACGCCGGAGACGCAGAGUUUGCCGGAGUCGUCGAAUGUUCCUGAGAAGAGUUGA